ACACUUGAGACACAUCAGAGCAGACACUUGACUUCUCUGUUCACUUCAACAGACAUUAUGACAAUGUUUCACAAAGUUAAACCUGGAGAAUGGAGUGAGACAAAGGAUGCCACUGAGGAAACCCAGAACAUUUGUGAUCAGGUGAAAGUCCAAGUGGAGCAAAAGACUGGCAAGAGCUAUGUGGAAUACAAAGCAGUUGAAUACAGGAAUCAGAUUGUGAAUGGAGAAAACUUCCUCUUCAAGGUUUUUGUUGGAGGGAAGGACUACAUUCAUCUGAGUGUUUUCCAACACCUAAAACUCAGAGACGAGGUGCAACAGCAAGAGGUGCUGGUCGGUGUGGAGCAGGACAAAACCAAAGAGGACCCCCUCGUACCUUUUACCAACUGAUCACACAACCUGUUUCAACAGUGAAAUACUUACAGGCUGCAGUUUCAUAUUAAAAUGCUCUGCUUCUUUAUCCUGAAAUGAUUUGAUGUUGAUUCUAUUCACUCAGAGAUAUUAAUAUAUUUGGUGUUGGGAAGCAGCAAGUUGAAUGCACUGCCUUCUAAAGAAAUAAAAAGGAUAAACAAUUUCAUACAA